AUGCCCUCGCUGCCUCACACGGCAUGGGAUGGAGACAUCCUUCAACAUGCGGGCCUUGCUCUACGAGAUGUACUCGCACUGCACAAAUCGACGACACUGCCACUGGCCGCGAGCCAUGUGCGACAUGAAGUGCAGAAGUCUGCCCUGGACUUGAAUAACUUCAACGCCUCGGCGAUAAUGCUACCAAGCCAGGAGAACCAGAUUCAGGUCAUCGCAACCACCUUCUCCAGCGUCAGUAUCCUCGCCGCGAUAUGCGCCAUGUACUGGUUCCUCAUGAUGAGACGAAACUUUCGGAGAGAUCUGGUGCUGAUGCUGAUAUGCGGUGACUUUUGGAAAGCCGCUUGGUUCUUGGUAUUUGCAUCACUAUCUUUAUCAAACGGCGACAUACCCACCACUUCCAGCUUCUGCCAGGCUAGCGGAUACCUCCUUCAGGCCGGAAUCGAGGCUUGCGGUAAGUCCCUUCGCAUCUCAAUCUAGCCUGACAUGCCCAUCUGACCUCUCGCUCUCUCUCCAUGUAACAGACAUCGCCAUCUUCCUCAUGAGUCUGCACAUGCAUUUGCAGAUAUUCCCGCCCAAGAAUUCAUUUCUCGGUCACGAUGGCCUGUCUCGCAUUCGUCACUGGGUUGUGGGAGCCUGGUUCAUCGUGCCGAGCGUCCUUGCCUCUCUGGCCUUCAUCAACGAGCGCGGCGCAUAUGUAUCCCAGGGUGGCUUCUGCACAUUACCAAUUCGGCCCUUCUGGUACAGGCUCGCACUCUCUUGGAUCCCGAGAUACCUCAUCUGUAUUUACAUCAUGUACGUUGCCAUUAGCAUCUACCGUCACGUGGGCUAUGAGUUCAAGGUGUUUGGAGAGGUACGAGACGGAAGCUCCAGUUUCAACCAAGCCAGCUCGAUCGCUACUCGCACUGCCACCAACCACAAAGUCACAUCGCCGCAGGUGUCGACGGCGCGGACCCAAUCUACACUGUCUGAUGCUGCGAUUGCCGAAAAGCAUGCUGGCGAUGAGGGCAUUGCACCGGACGACGAUUUCGCCGCCACGACGCCUUCUGCUUUGCCUUGGCGCACAGCAUCUUCGGAAUCGAGACCGAAUCACAACACGAGGAGACAAUCUGUGCCCAACUGGGCCGGUUCAUUUGGUGCGGCCGGCCCCGAGCACACGACACUUAUCACACGACCUACGGCACCCCGAAGCAAAAGCAAUCCCUCAUCUCGACGCGAGAGCAGAACGAUCGCCGAGAACAUUGCCACUGAAGACUUCGCACCACAACCGCCCCCCUUCAACUUUGAAAGAGCCCGCGGCUCGGUUUCUACAGUCGCAACUGUGAGAUCGUCCGGGGCGCAUUCAUCGUACGAGCAGCGACAACCUAGUCUGGACACCAUCACAGAACAUCGCACAUCUGCAUCAACCGGCACAAGCAUCCCCGGAAAUGCCGCUUCGAAAGCGAUGAAGCAACGUCGACGUGUCAUCCAGCGCCAACUUCGCCUGCUCUUCAUCUAUCCGGUCGUAUACACGUGCCUCUGGAUCCUACCGUUCGUGAACCACUGCCUCAAUUACAGCAACCACUUUGCGCAACAUCCCAUCUUCGCCCUGAACGCUCUGAACAUCUUCUGUCAAAACAUCAUGGGUCUCUGUGACGUGGUGAUUUUCUGCUGGCGUGAGAGACCAUGGCGACAUAUCCCCGGAAGCGACGGGACCUUUUUCGGAUCUUUCUGUUUCUGGCGCUUCGCUUUCGAUGGGCAGUCCGCCGCCGAGCGACGGACGAGCAGUCCGAUGGAGAAAUCAUCGGUUGAAAAGCAAGCCUCGAAGAAAUCUCACUCGGGACUCCUCGCUUCUUGGAAGAGCUGGUGGAGUCGGAGCAUGGCCGGUAAGACUCCCGCCGCGGGGGCGAAUUCCAAGCAUUCUCCGCACAGCUCCAACAGGGCAUCCAUCUCCGCCGCGCCCAUGACUCCCUCCCGGCGCGCGCCCCCGAUUCCGAUGCAUCGGCGGACUCAUAGCGGAGGGGGCGAGUUGCGGAUGAUGGAAGCGGAACGGGCGCAUGAGAGAUUACAGAUGGAACGGGCGGAUUGGAAUCUCCAUCGGACGAGUCUGAAUGAGCGGCGGACGAGUGUGAUGAGUGCGAAUCUCGUCCGGGAGCAGCAGCAGCAGCAGCCGGAUUCGCCGCCGCCGCCGCAGAGGAAGGAAUGGUGGGAUAGACAGAUGUCUGUUAUGGAUGAUUUUUGA